AGCUGGAGUUGGGUGCCUUUCCCCACCGGCUCGGCUGAUUUACAACAACGUCCUGCUGGGGGGCAGGAUAGUCGGACGCGCCGCGUGGCUCCCUGCCAGACCUUCCCUACAGCCUUGCGGGGGAGAGACGGCUCCAGGCCCGAGCAGGACCGUAAACAGCCGUAAACUUCAGGAGUAAAAUACAGGGGGAACUAUAUACGCACCCAUAUAUUCAGUGCACAGGGGAAAGUCCAGUUCAUCCUCUCUCUGCAGCCAUGGACUUCAGCGGGGCAAUCACCCCAGCGUUGCUGCUGCUCUGCCUGUCCUGUCUGGUUUUGUACCUGAAUGGGAAAAGCGGGGGCAGGAAAAGUGGGAAGAUGCCCCCCGGCCCAGCCCCGCUGCCUUUCGUAGGCAACCUCUUCCAGUUAGACCCCAAAGAAAUGCACCGAUCUCUGGAAAAGCUCAGCGAGAGCUAUGGCCCCAUCUACACCAUCCACUUGGGGUCACUGCCUUACGUGGUCUUAUGCGGAUACCAGGCGGUCAAGGAGGCCUUGGUGGACCAGGCGGAUGACUUCAGCGGCCGUGGUGACUUCCCAGUCUUCUAUCGCUUCACCAGGGGCAAUGGCAUCGCCUUCUCCAACGGGGAGAAGUGGAAGGUCCUUCGCCGCUUCGCUCUGCAGACCCUGAAGAACUUUGGAAUGGGAACGAGCAGCAUUGAAGGCCGGAUCCAGGAGGAGGCCCAGUUCCUGGUCCAGGAGUUCAAGAAAACUGGUGGGGCUCCCUUCGACCCCAUCAACCCCGUUUGCCGGGCCGUCUCCAACGUCAUCUGCGCCGUGGUGUUUGGCCAGCGCUACGAAUACCAAGACGCCAACUUCCUCACCCUCCUGGACCACCUCAACGAGAACUUCAAGAUCAUGAGCUCCAUCUGGGGGGAGCUCUACAACAUCUUCCCCAGCCUCAUGGACCUCCUGCCGGGGCCCCAUCACCAAAUCUUCCGCAACUUUGAGAAACUGCGUCAGUUUAUCGCAGAGCACAUUCGGUGCCACCAAAAGGAUCUGGACCCCGACGCCCCGCGGGACUUCAUCGACUGCUUCCUCAUCCGCAUGGAGCAGGAGAAGCAAGACCCUCUGAGCUACUUCCACACGGAGACGCUGGUGAUGACCACCCACAACCUGUUUUUCGGGGGCACCGAAACCACCAGCACCACCCUGCGCUACAGCUUUCUCAUCCUCAUGAAGCACCCUGAAGUGGCAGCUCGAGUCCACCAGGAGAUUGACCAUGUGAUCGGGCCGGGCCGCCCCCCCUGCCUGGCUGACCGCAAGCACAUGCCCUACACAGAGGCCGUCCUCUGCGAGAUCCAGCGCUACAUCAGCAUCCUGCCCAUGGGGCUCCCUCGCGCCGUCACCCGCGACACCCCCUUCAGGGGCUUCCUGCUGCCCAAGGGCACCAACGUGAUUCCUCUCCUGAGCUCAGUGCACUAUGACCCAGCCCAGUUCAAGGACCCCACAGCCUUCAACCCAGACAACUUCCUGGAUGAAAACGGCGCUUUCAAAAGCAGCGACGCCUUCAUGCCUUUCGCCCCAGGGAAGCGCAUUUGCCUGGGGGCCGGCCUGGCCCGGAUGGAGAUCUUCCUCUUCCUCACCACUAUCCUCCAGCACUUCAGCUCCACCCCACAGUCCACCCCUGCGGAGAUCGACCUGACGCCCCAAUGCACCGGCCUGGGCAAUGUUCCCCGCCCCUUCGAAUUCAGGCUCCUCCCUCGCUAGCUGGAGGCGGGACACACACACACAGAUAGCUUCCUUCCCUUGGCACAGGACCAGAGAGAGAUGCUCAGCACUGGACCCACAACUAGGCAUGGGGCUGCACUGCCCCCCCAACAAACAGCUGGGUCACCACGCAUCCCUAUUCUGCACCUUGUACAGGUGAAACUCGGAAAAUUAGAAUAUCGUGGAAAAGUUCAUUUAUUUCAGUAAUUCAACUUAAAAGGUGAAACUGA